AAAGACAAUUCGCCAGAAAAGGUUCGCCGGAAGACGGAGCACGGACUAUUUCAGAAUUUCAGCAUUUAGCCGCCCAGAAAAUGAGUGAUUUCGCGACUUGGUACAACCAGGUGCCGCCCUUUACGCGCAUCUGGCUGUCCGCUACCGUGGGUUUGUCGUUGGUGGCCAAGUUUGGUAUCUUGCCGUUGGAGUACCUCAUCCUGCAAUCCGCACCGCUGUUCUACAAAUUCCAGCUAUGGAGACCCGUGACGGCCGUCUUGUUUUACCCGCUGAAUCCCGGAACCGGAUUUCACUUCAUGAUGAACUGCUAUUUCCUCUACAAUUACUCGCUGCGGCUCGAAUCGGAUCAUUACAAGCAAAAGCCGGGCGAUUACUUUUACAUGCUGUUCUUCAACUGGUUCCUGUGUGUUAUCAUCGGACUUUUGAUUGACCUUCCAAUCUUGAUGGAUCCGAUGGUCCUUUCCGUGUUGUACGUGUGGUGCAAGCUGAACAAAGAUGUGAUCGUCAACUUCUGGUUCGGUACACGGUUUAAGGCCAUGUACCUACCGUGGGUUCUGCUUGGAAUGAACAUGAUUCUCUCGUCGGGAAGCAUAUUCUCGCUGCUAGGAAUUCUGGUCGGUCACGCUUACUACUUCCUGAAGUUCAUCUAUCCCUCCGAGCUCGGUGGUCCUGCGCUCAUCGAAACGCCCUUCUUCAUCAAACGCUACUUUCCGGAUGUUCAGGGUGGCACCCAUGGGUUUGGAGUACCGCCGGUCGGCCAGCGUCCAGUGCAGCAACAGCAGGCUGCUUUCCGGCAUGCGUGGGGCCGGGGACAGAUGUUGGGCCGUGACUGAGCCAUCGACUGGUGGACGUUCGUUCGAUUGUAAAUACGUGCGCGUGUAUGGGAGCAAAGCGACGGAAAUCGCAGUAACCCAUGCGUCCCCAUUGUAAUCGUCAUCCUCUACUCUAUCUGGUACGAUCCAUCAGUUUACAAAAAUGGGAGAAAGCUUGUAACACAAUGACUGCGGGAAAGGAGUGUUUUUUUUUCUAAAACAAAGAAUAUUUAAUCUUAA